AUGGCCUCUGAUGAUACCGGCGCCAGACGUCUGGAGGCGCGCCCGCCCGUUCCCAAGAUGCCACCGGCCUAUCUCCCAAAGGCAGGCUCGCCGCUCAAGGUGGACGAGGAACUGUACGCCUCUGCCCAGAAGGCUCCGCGCGUGCUCGUAGAAGAGUUUACAUUGCCAAUUCGGUCUGGAAAGGCGUGGAAGGCACCGGCCGGGUCGAUUGUCCGCAUCAGCACACCGGAAGGUGGUCAAGUCGGCGAUCUCAAUAUUUGGAACGCACACAACCCACGCGAGCGAUUCUGGGCGUCGCGGACCAAGCAACUAUACUCAUCGCACGUGAGCACGUAUGACCGUCUCUGGUCCACGCUGCCCUUUAUGCGCCCGCUGGCCACCAUCAUCUCGGACACGCUCUCGUGGUACGGCGCCGACGAGCACGGCGGCCGGGUGCACGACCUGCUGGGCACGCGGUGCGACCCCUACAUUGGCGCCGUGCUCUCGGGCGAGGCCAAGGGCUACGACUUCCACUGCCACUCCAACCUGGUGCGCGCCGUCCUCCCCUACGGCCUCACCGAGUACGAUGUUCACGACGUCAUCAACCUGUUCCAGGUCACUGGUCUCGACGAGAAGGGGCGCUACUUUAUGAACCCUUGCCCCGCCGAGGCGGGCGAUGCUAUCGAGUUUCUUGCCGAGCAGGAUCUCCUCAUGGCUCUGAGCACAUGCCCUGGCGGAGAUUUAUCACUCUGGGGUUUCGGUGAGGACAGUGAAAAGGAAAUGAUCAAAUGCUGCCGGCCCUUGAAAGUGGAGGUGUUCCGGCUCCAAGACUCGGGUCUUCUCGAGAGAGGUGGCUGGAAACCGGCCGAGAUUGCCCCGUACAGAGGUAAUCACGGAAUCGCCAUACCACAAGGCGAGCAUGAGAGUACGCGUUAA